AUGGUUAUUGGGUAUCUCAGCACUGAAGUUAUUGUAUCUGGCAUGUGCCUUAUAUUGGGACCGGAUGCCGAGACGGCAUUGUCGGGCCAUGGAGCUACAGCCAAAAGCAACGCCUCAUCUCGACAAGGAUGUGAAGAGUGUCGUCGGCGCCGGAGGAAGUGCAAUGAGGCAAAACCACGGUGUGGGCAAUGUUCGGAAUUUGACAGAAGUUGCACAUAUCCCCUGCGACUUGUUUGGAGCAACAACCGUAAACGCAGAGCCUUAGACGACAAUCUGUCUUCAUCGAAUGAAGGUAGACCAUCGGCAUCGGAUGAGGUCGAUCAUCUCGGCCCGGAUAAUCAUGAGCUAUUAAAAGUGAUACCACGGCGACUCCCAAAUGGCAUACAACUCCCGCCAAAAUACCAAAGGCUCAUGAGCUACUUUAUCGACGACAUCCUCGCCUCUCUUUCAUGUCACCCAUCAAUACACCAAGAUCUUCGCAUGGGGUUGGUGCCCGUGAUGAUGGCGUCUCCUCAGCUGAUGUCAGCAUGUCUCGCCUUAUCAGCUGCGGGUUUCCUAUCUCGUGGCAUCUCGGAAGUAGAUGGAGUAAACAUAAUGUCUAUUUUGAGUCAUUUGCAAACUUCAGGUCUUGCGUUGUUAAGACAAGCCUUAGGAACCGGACAGAUGAUUGAGACCUUACUGGCAACAUGUCUCAUUUGGUGUUUGGCCGACGUUUUUACACACCGACAGGGAAUGUCGUCCUGGCGUAUUCACUUACAGGGCAUAAAAGCUCUUUUGGAUGGUAAUGAGACUCAUCAAGUCUCUACCUCGCCUGGGUCCAUCCAAUCCGCUAUGAGACACCUCUACCAGCUGUACUUGUCUCUUCAGACCCUUCCGUACAUUCCGCUGGAAUCUGCCGCUACUUCAACGACAUUAAGUGUUCAGCUAUCUCAAAACUUUCAGUGGGCAUCAGUUGCAAGCCCGGGGAUAGAUGGAUUCUUGGGCUAUAGCAAUGAGCUGCUGGAUAUUUUGCAACAAAUCGAUCGUCUUUCCCAUGGUAGCGCUAACCUUGCUACUCACUCACCCUUUGAAGUCGACAUCCUGCUCGGUAAACUCAAAGGCAUGAUAAUUCGAGAUAUGAGCGACACACCAGAAGUCUCGAUAUGCUCGCCAUUAUCUCCAGAAUAUAGCCGCGAGUUCGCACUCUGCCACCAAAUUUUCCAGCAAGCAACACUCAUUCACCUCUACAGACAACUAUACCGCCUACCAUCGGGUUCUCAGCCCAUACAACGCGCCGUGGCAGCAAUGGAAGAAAUGCUUAGUAGCAUGAUUCAGGGACAGCCCUGCCACACUUGGGUCGCUAUGGCGAUGCCUCUGUUCACAUUAGGAUGCGAGGCCUACACCGAGAAGCAGCAGGUCUUUGCGAGGGACAAGAUUGAGAAAUUGGAGGAAUGCAUUGGCUCACUGCAUGUUAAACUUAUUCGGCAAGCGGUAGAAGAAGUGUGGAAGCUCAGGCGGCAUCUGGGGGAUUUUGAAGGCGAGAUAUGCGCCAGCGAAUUACUUGGUGAGUGCCUUUGUGAAAUAUCUCAAAUUUCUGCUAACGUUUCGGCGAUUUAG